AGGUGGAGGAGGAAGAGGAGGAGGAGGAGGAUGUCCGGCCGGGUUGCCCGCGGCCGCUCCGUGCCUCAACGGGGGCGUGUGCGAGGGCGGAGUGAGGUGCAGCUGCACACAAGGGUGGACGGGCCCGCACUGCGACCUCGUCAACCCGUGCCCCUCUCCCAGCCCGUGCCUCCACGGGGGUUCGUGCCACGCCCGCACCUCGGGGUCCCCGGGGGCCCCGGCGGCGUGGGGGUGCCGGUGCCGGGCCGGCUACGGGGGCCCCCUCUGCGAGACCCCCCAAGCUCCCUGCUACCCGUCGCCCUGCCAGAACGGUGGCACGUGCCGGCAGACCGGGGACUCCACGUACGAGUGCGCGUGCCUGCCUGGCUUCGAGGGUGGACACUGCGAGGUGAACGUGGAUGACUGCCCGGGUCACCGCUGCAAGAAUGGUGGAGCUUGCGUCGAUGGGGUGAACACCUACAACUGUAACUGCCCGACCGCCUAUACCGGCCAGUUCUGCACGGAGGACGUUGAUGAGUGCCACCUGCAGCCCAACACGUGCCUCAACGGGGGCACGUGCCACAACACGCCGGGCGGGCACAACUGCGUGUGCGUCAACGGCUGGAGCGGCGACUCCUGUGCCGACAAUGUGGAUGACUGUGCUAGCGCCUCAUGCACCAACGGAGCCACCUGCCACGACCGAGUCGCCUCCUUCUACUGCGAGUGUCCCAGCGGCAAGACCGGUACGGGGGGG